GUUGGGAGGUGCAGCGCGACCGUGGCGAUGUGCUGAGCCAGAAUGGGCUCACAUUUCCCAUGGACGCCAAUGGUGAGAUCUCCACCGCCGCGAGUUCGGGUGGCCCCCAGGGGCUGCCCUUCCAAUGCCACUUCUGCACCUUCAGGAAUGGCACUGGCAAGAAGAUCUUUUGGCGCUGGGUGCCGUUCGCAGCGGCGCAGAAGCUACAGCGUUUCGUGAACCUCGGAGAGGCCACCGCAGAUGAGCGCUGGGCCAAAUACGCGUUCCAGAAAGAGGGUGUGGUGCAAUUCCCUCCGACAGAGACGGCACUCCUGAUUCUGCUGCGGCGCUGCGGUAUCGACGUGGAGAAGUUUGGCACUGGCCGGUACCGGUCGUUGAAGGAGUUUUGGCUCGACCUCACUGGCAAGGAGUCACUCCUGCAGAUGUCAGGGGGCAAGCCCCUGAGGCUGGCCGACUCCACGGCG